AUGAAGUACAUCCAUGAAUCGUCCGAGCUGAAGACUUGCAUCUUCUACGAUUUCGAACAAUAUUUUCAAAAUAUCGAAGAGAAUCAGAAAGGUUUCAUUGAGACGACCAGUUUAAUUUUCGCUGAACCAUUUCAUAUUUUGCGUGAGUUACGUAAUCGAAAUCUAGGUCAUCGUUUGAGUUUAUUCGUAUUUUUCUGGAAUGCAACCCAUUUGCCGAAACGUCGUGAUGCCUAUCAUUUCAGCGAACCAUUUCGAAUUGUACUUAUAAUUAGAUCAAGGUUAGCAGUACUUCGAGUGUACUACAAUCAGGCGACGCCUCAUGAUAUGGGUGAACUAAAAUUGGUAAACUGGUAUGAUGCAAACAGCUUAGGACUGUUCAAGGUGCCAUUGCUGCCCAGUCCGAAGGAUGUUUAUCGCAAUUUCGGUGAGCGCGUUCUAUCUAUCCCUAUUAUUCACUCACCGCCUUGGUAUUUCGUCAAAUAUAACAAUUACUCCGAAUACAAUGAUAACAAUGACGAGAAUGGUCUUGGUGCAACAAAUGAAAGUCUGUUCCAUGUGACUGGUGGACGAGACUUUAAUUUGUUGAAAUUGAUUGCCAAGAAAAUGAACUUCAACGUUAACUACAUAGAUCCGUUGGAGCGAACGCAAGGCUCAUCAAUAAUUGAAGCAGACACGGAUAAUCUCUCGUUUUCUGGAGCACUGGGCAAGAUCCAGAGACGGGAAGCCGACUUACUUCUCGGCGAUGUUGGAAUCACUUUCGAACGAAAGAAAGCUGUGGAAUUUUCAUUUUUCACGUUAGUCGAUUCGGGUGCGUUUGUGACUCACUCACCACGCAAACUGAGUGAAGCAUUUGCAUUGAUCAGACCUUUUCGGAAAGAGGUGUGGCCAUUCCUGAUUUUAACCGUUGUGAUAUCGGGACCAGCUUUCUACUAUGUCGUUGCAAUACCAUACUGGUGGCAAAGAGGACGAAGAAGAAAAAUGCAUUUAUUCCAGAAGUGCAUAUGGUUCAGUGUCACGCUAUUUCUUAAGCAAAGCUGUAACGUUUUCCCCUUUUCUGGGAUACGAGCAAAAUGUCUUUCGUCGAUGCUAUGGCUAGCUGCCACCUAUGUACUGGCAGAUGUGUAUUCUGCACAGCUCACCUCGCAACUGGCUAGUCCAGCCCGUGAACCGCCAAUAAACACACUUCAACGAUUGGAGACAGCAAUGUUGAAUAAAGGAUACCAACUAUACGUGGAACGUCAAAGUUCAUCGUUGAGUAUACUUGAGAAUAGCACCGCAAUAUUCAAUCGUCUGUACAGACUGAUGAAGCAUCAAUCUAAUAGUCAUAACCAUGGCUAUUUAGUGUCUUCAGUUGAAGAAGGCAUCAGUUUGAUUAAAGAGGGUUCUACUAAGGCUAUUCUAGGUGGUAGAGAGACAUUGUACUUUAACAUGAAACGUUACGGAACGCAGAAUUUCCAAAUUAGUGAAAAACUAUACACAAGAUAUUCGGCGGUAGCUGUCCAGACAGGAUGCCCAUUUUUGGAGAGUUUGAACGAAGUAUUAAUGCAUUUGUUCGAGGGAGGAAUCUUAGAAAAAAUGACCAACGCUGAGUAUGAACGAAUGAUUCAAAUGAAUCAAAUGAAUGAGGAAAAUUUACGAACCAGCUCAGUUGAAAAUACCAAUCAUCAACAGCCGAGACUAGUCGAACCAAAACUACAGCCGAUCAAUUUGCGUAUUUUGCAAGGAGCUUUCUUCGCCUUAGCUUUUGGAUAUGUGCUUGCAGCUCUGACGAUACUGAUUCGGCUUUCGUCCAACACUUGUACGAUCAAACUUCAUCAGCUAAACAAUAGACCUCUUGUGUAG